CUGAUCCUUCUUAGAAAGAGCAACUCGAUGUAUUUAUGUCGAACUGUCUCAGUCCUGUUCACUGUUCACAAGACAAAAACACGCCAGCAUUUUUUUAAAAGGAAAUAUCUACGUCUCUAAAAGAAUCCGCCACUUUGUUUGCAUUGCCCCGCCUACUCGUCAUAUUGCUUGCUGUCUAUAGUUCUAUGAAAUCAAAAUACAACCGGGAUACAACCACUCGACAACACUGCUGUCAUAAUUUCACAAAUUUCCCGGACAAGUUAUAAAGUGGGAUACACCAGUAUUUCCCUUUUCACCUGAAGUACUACAUUCACUGGCUAUAUAGGCCUACAUUAAUUCUAAAUGAAGUAUAUCGGAUCAACAUGGCUAGCAAAGGAAUCAACCUAAAUCUUAUAUAUCCACUAUGUAUCUUCGUCAUGAUCAUCGGCUCUACGAAGUCCAUACCGAUCUCAUCAAUGAAAUACGAGGAUCAGCUCGGGAAGGAGGCUAGUACUUACUUCGCUCACAGGAUUGCCCCUCUUCUUGUCGAAUUCAGUAAUGCAUCUCUUACCCAAAGUACUAUAAAGCUUCAAGAUUCUAAUGCGUACAUGGAUAACAUCAUACGAGAGUCAGCAUCUAUCUACCAUCUCGACAUCGGCUGUGAUCUCUGCAAGGAAAUCGUGGCCGUCAUCGAUGUCCUAAUCCAGUCUGAUAUAUCACGUGACCUCAUUGUUGAAAUCUCAGGCGAGGUUUGUAAGAUCCUGAAGAUCGAGGAUGACCGUGUGUGUGAUCUAGUCGUCAGAGAAUUUCAGGAAGAGGUAAUCGAUGUGGCGACCUUACAUUACUUGAGCCCAGAUCAAGUUUGUGGCACUCUGCUUGGAGAGUCAUGCGCAGUGACCUAUGACCCAAACGCAGAUUGGAAUGUGACGUUUCCAAGUAUCCCCAAACCACCAGUCACUCCUGUGAAUCCACCAAAGCAAGGUUCACCAACUCUGCGUAUUCUUCACAUCAGUGAUCUUCACAUAGAUCGGAUGUAUGAGGUUGGGUCAAACACAGAUUGUGGGGAACCGAUAUGCUGCAGAUCCAACGAUGGUCCCCCAGCCCCCGGCGUUCCUGGAGCUGGUAAAUGGGGAGACUUGCGAGGUUGUGAUGCUUCUCUGAAACUCAUGAUUAAUACUCUCCAAGAAAUAUCAAAGACACAAAAGCUCGAUAUGAUUUACAUGACAGGUGAUCUUCCUGCCCAUGAUGUUUGGAAUCAGACUCGAUCCGACAACAUUGGUAUUUUUAACCUCGUCACCGAUCUUUUCCUGAAAUAUUUCCCAGGGGUCAAAGUUUAUGGGGCUCUUGGCAAUCAUGAAAGUGCCCCCGUAAACAGCUUUCCACCUACUGACGUCAUAAAAGGUGACCAAUCAGAGACUUGGUUAUAUAACACUAUGGCUCAUAAUUGGAUAGAUAAAGCUGGUUGGCUGCCUAAUGCAACACGUGCAAAUAUUCAACGUGGUGGUUAUUACGAUGUCCUUGUGUAUCCGGGUCUUCGUGUUGUGUCACUUAACUCGAAUGCUGGAAACCCAAUGAAUUGGUGGUUACAGAUCAAUGGUACUGAUCCCGAUGGUCAAUUACAGUGGUUGAUUGGUGUCCUUCAAGCAGCUGAGGCAGCGGGAGAGAAGGUACACAUUCUAGGUCACAUUCCACCAAGUGGUACAUUACCAGUAUGGAGCAAGAACUACGAGCUUAUUGUCAAGAGAUACGAGAGCACAAUUCGGGGACAGUUCUUUGGCCACAGGCAUAAGGACCAGUUUACACUUUUUUACGAGAACGCCACUUCCCAUCGGCCAAUCAGCGUAGUUUAUAUUGCGGGAGCUGUUACACCGAGCGGACAAAAUCCGGGCUAUCGCGUUUACACAGCUGAUGGCAACUACACGAACUGUACAUGGGCUGUAUUGGAUCAUGAUAACUACUAUCUCAACCUCACCGAAGCCAACCUUACUGACAAACCAAUAUGGCGUAUGGAGUACCAUGCAAAGAAUGCCUUUAACAUGACAUCAUUGCAACCCAGUGAAUGGAACAGAGUUGUCGAUGAAAUGAAGUCAAAUACUACGAUUUUCAAUCAAUAUUACAGGUUUUUUCAUCGCCAGUACGACGCAGGUCCGUGUGAUGCAUCAUGUCAGGCACAAAUGAUAUGUGAUAUCCAAACAUCCAGAUCCGGGGAUUCAAGCUACUGCUAAAGAAGUUCUCCUGGAUUGUUCUGUUGCAAUAAAAAACAGUAUUUUAAAAACUCAGUUUUAUGAAAACGUUGAUGAAAUAUGCAAUAUUAAGAGACAUUUUAUAAUAUAUCUUGUACAUUUUUAUGAACAUAAUUAACACUCUCGGUAGCCAAUUUCAAAAUUGUGGAAUAGAAGGGAUUUGAAGGAAGCAAAAUUAAGAAUAGUGAGACGGACCACAGGGCCUACCUCAAUUUGAAUGUUUUUUUUUUCAAGUAUUAAUUUUACCCCCAUCUAUUCUGCUUCACGUAAGUCACGUUCAUUCUCACUAAUUCAUGAAAUUGACACUCGGGUUAAACAUAUAUAUUAAAAUAAAAUAAGUGAAAUAAUUCAAGCAAAGCAAUGAAAAUGUAAUCAAAAUUGGAUGUAAAAUGGCGGAAUGAUGUCAUUUUGAAAUUUCGCGUUAUUUCUUUCUAACAGUCAUUAAGAAUAUGCAAUGAGUCUGCAAAUGAUAUCUGCUCUUUCAUCGUCAGAAAUCAACAUUCUGCUCCUUGAAGUGGUGUAAUGAUGCUAUACAUGUAUUUUGAUAGGGUUAAGUUUUGGUAUAGGCCGUCAGUGCGCCUUUUUAAAGCUAGGGGCGGUAAUCUCCUUCCUCCUCACUCGUGGCUUUAAUAAUGUAACAUAGUAUUAAGUAUUGCUAUGAAUUUGAUUAUACUUGCAUCUAACAAUGGAGAUAAAAAUGAAUAAAAAUGUAAGAGUAAUUACAUUUGAAAGAUUUCAUACAAUAAAAAUAGUAAUUAAUGAAAAUUGCAAUAAUUUCAUUAUAUCAUCCACUUUCAACGAAAUUUUCAGUUUUGCAGCUAUCAUAUCAAAUCCAUAGGAUCAUAUCAUGAUAUUCUCAGCCUGGAGUAUCUGUUUAAGGUGUAAAGUCAGUGUGCAACAAACAUAAUUUGGUGUCAAAAUUUCAGGUCGUACAUGUUUUAUGUUGAACUGAUGGGCGAAGCUCGAUCGCAGGAAUCGAUGUGUUAACACAUUCAGUAUUAAAUCAUGGAGAUAAAUAUCUCCAUGAAAUAAACGGAAGAAAAUGAAUUCAAUAAUCGUAAAAUUUCGAGAAAGUUUAUUGAGUACGUGUAUUUACCAUAGUCUGUCUCUACACACACAUUAAAGACAAACUUUACUCAUCUGUGUAUGAAGAAGACAAUUUGUACAUGAAUUAGGCAUAAUUCUUAUUACAAUGACUGAGGGAUGAUAAGUUAGUUUCAAUGAAUCUGAAAAUAUUUUUUUAAAGAACUGUCUGUGCAUAUAAUUCAUAUAUGAAUAUCUAUAC